CAGCACUGCUAUAUAAAGUUCCCCAGUGCCGGAGGUAGACACGUUGUCAAUUCCAGUGUCCGUUCAACCAUGGCCUUCGUACACCUUGCCUCGCGGCGUCUGCCCGCUGCCAGGAAGCUGGUUCCUGAAUUGAACUCCGUGCUCCGUCCUCGGUUCGCCGCAGUGCCCGUGCGGUCGUUGAACGCGACUGCCGCUCCUCAAGCAAAGAAUGAGAGCUCUUUGCCCACCCCCGACCCCGCCGCCGAUUCCGCUUCCUCCUCCUUCAUCAAUGCUCAAACCCCUUACAUGGUCCCUACCUACGUCCGGCCCCCUCCGGUGAUGAUCAAGGGACAGGGAAGUUACCUCUGGGAUAUGGAGAACAGGAAGUACCUGGACAUGACGGCCGGUAUUGCGGUCAACUCUCUCGGUCACUGUGACUCCGAGAUCGCAAAGAUCAUUGCUGAACAGUCCGAAAUCCUCAUCCACGCCUCCAACCUCUACUACAAUGCCUGGACAGGGGCUUUGAGCAAGCUUCUGAUCGAGGUCACUCGCGAGUCCGGCGCGAUGCGCGAUGCGUCGCAGGUGUUCAUCGCCAACUCCGGCACCGAGGCCAACGAGGCUGCCAUCAAGUUCGCCCGCAAGGUCGGACGGUCUCGCGACCCCUCGGGCGCGAAGCACGAGCUGGUCUCCUUCCACAACUCCUUCCACGGCCGCACGAUGGGAGCUCUGUCCGCGACGCCCAACCCCAAGUACCAGACGCCGUUCUCGCCGAUGCUGCCGGGCUUCAAGUACGGCAACUACAACGACGUGGCGCAGCUCCAGACGCUCAUCACCGACAAGACCUGCGGUGUGAUCGUCGAGCCCAUCCAGGGCGAGGGCGGUGUCAACAUGGCGACGCCGGAGUUCCUGGUCGCGCUGCGUAAGCGCUGCGACGAGGUGGGCGCCGUGCUGAUCUUCGACGAGAUCCAGUGCGGUCUGUCCCGGACGGGCAGCCUCUGGGCGCACGGCCACCCGUCGCUGGCGCCUGCGUCCGGCGAGGCCGCCCACCCCGACAUCCUCACCACCGCCAAGGCCCUGGGCAACGGCUUCCCCAUCGGCGCCACCAUCAUCGCCGAGAAGACUGUCGCCUCGCACAUCAAGCCCGGCGACCACGGCACCACCUUCGGCGGUAACCCGCUGGCCUGCCGCGUGGCUCAUCACAUCGUCAAGCGGCUGGCUGCCCCGGAGCUGCAGAGCCAGGUCGAGGCCAAGUCGGCCGUGCUGCAGGCCGGCUUCGAUGCCCUGAAGCAGAAACACCCCAAGGUCAUCGCGCAGGUCCGCGGCCGCGGCCUGAUCCUGGGCGUGCAGCUCACGCCCGAGUUCAGUGCGAAGGCCGGCGACUUGGUGACGGCUGCCCGCGAGCGCGGCAUGCUGAUUAUUACCGCCGGCGAGGGCUGCAUCCGGUUCGUGCCUCCGUUGACGGUCACCGAGGAGCAGCUCAAGACGGGCUUGAAGAUCUUCGAGCAGGCUCUGGAGGCGGUCGUUGCUUAGGUUUCAUAUAGCGAUACUUAAUGAUAGUUGUUGGUGGGGUCACAAAAGUUAUCAUGGAUAGAUGAAAAGACUGCUGGUUCGGGAUUCUAUAUGCCUUGGCAACACUGCACUUUUUUCUGGUUAGGUAUACUCAUUUUCGUUUUCUUAAUCUUAGACUGCUAGC